GUAGUAUAACAUUUCCUCCUCUCUCUAUAUAUAUAUAUAUUUUUUUUGGUGGGGAAAGUAUCCAUUUUAGGAAUGCCUCAACCAGAUGGAGUUGAGUUAGCUUCUAGGAACAAUGAUGUUUUUGAAGAUGAGGAACUUCAGUCUCAAUGGGCUGGUAUUGAGAGAUUACCAACUCUUGAAAGGAUCAAUACUGCUUUGUUCUGCAAAAGAGAUGAAGAAGGGAAGAAAAGUGAGAGACGAGUCAUGGAUGUUUCUAAACUUGAGGAUCUUGAUAGACGUUUGUUUAUUGAUGAGCUCAUCAGACAUGUUGAGGAUGAUAAUCUCCGCUUAUUGCAGAACAUAAGGAAGAGAACUGACGAGGUUGGUAUCGAGUUACCAACGAUUGAAGUGAGGUUCAGUAAUCUUUUUGUGGAAGCAGAGUGUGAGGCUGUUUAUGGAAAGCCAAUACCAACUCUGUGGAAUGCUAUCACUAGCAAACUCUCUAGAUUCAUGUGUUCAAAGGAAGAAAAGAAGAUCUUGAAAGGUGUCAGUGGCAUCAUAAGGCCUAAAAGAAUGACUCUGUUGCUUGGUCCUCCUAGUUGUGGUAAAACUACUCUACUACUCGCACUAUCUGGAAGACUCGACCCUUCUUUAAAGACUAGAGGAGAAGUUAGUUACAAUGGUCACUUCUUCUCAGAGUUUGUUCCUGAGAAAACAUCGAGUUAUGUAAGUCAAAAUGAUCUGCAUAUCCCAGAGCUUAGUGUGAGAGAGACACUCGAUUUUUCGGGUUGUUUUCAAGGAACAGGAAGCCGUCUAGGUAAGGGUACUAAUGAAUUCUUAUGUCUUUGUAUUUUUAUUGACCGUGAAAACUACUAUUAUCUUUAUUACUCAAUAGAAAUGAUGAAAGAGAUUAGUAGAAGGGAGAAACUGAAAAGGAUAGUUCCAGAUCCUGAUAUAGAUGCAUACAUGAAGGCAGCUUCAAUUGAGGGUUCAAAAACUAAUAUACAAACCGACUAUAUCCUUAAGAUACUAGGACUCAAUAUCUGUGCAGAUACGCGUGUUGGAGAUGCUUCAAGACCAGGAAUAUCUGGUGGCCAAAAGAGAAGACUAACUACAGGGGAGAUGAUCGUAGGUCCAAUAAAAACUCUGUUCAUGGAUGAAAUAACGAAUGGUUUGGAUAGCUCAACAACAUUCCAGAUUCUAUCAUGUCUCCAUCAGUUUGUACGUCUCUCUGAAGGAACCAUACUAGUUUCACUGCUUCAGCCUGCACCAGAAACAUUUGAGCUUUUCGACGAUGUGAUUCUUAUGGGAGAAGGAAAGAUAAUCUAUCACGGUCCACGGGAACUUGUAUGUGGAUUCUUUGAGGAUUGCGGAUUUAGAUGUCCAACUAGGAAAUCUGUAGCUGAGUUCCUUCAGGAGGUUAUUUCAAGAAAAGAUCAAGAACAGUAUUGGUGUCACAGAGACAAACCAUAUUGUUAUGUCUCCAUUGACUCAUUUAUUGAGAAAUUCGAAAAUUCUGAUCUUGGAUUACAACUACAAGAUGAACUCUCCAAGACAUGUGAAAAGUACUCUCAGACGACUCACAAGGAUGCACUUUGCUUUAGAAAAUACUCACUUAGUAACUGGGAGAUGCUAAAAGCUUGUUCAAGAAGAGAGUUUCUUCUAAUGAAAUGUAACUCUUUCGUUUACGUAUUCAAAUCUGGACUUCUAAUGUUGAUUGGAUCCAUCACAAUAAGUGUUUAUUUACGGACUGGGUCUACAAGAGAUGCUCGUCACGCUAAUUAUCUUAUGGGUUCUUUAUUCUUUUCUCUCUUUAAACUUCUUGCUGAUGGACUUCCAGAACUCGCCUUGACAAUCUCGAGGAUUGCCGUGUUCUGCAAGCAAAAAGAGCUUUACUUUUAUCCAGCUUGGGCAUAUGCAAUCCCUUCAGCUAUUUUAAAGAUACCAAUUUCAUUUCUUGAAUCAUUCCUCUGGACCUCUCUGACAUAUUAUGUCAUUGGUUACAGUCCUGAGAUUGGAAGGUUCAUUCGCCAGUUCUUGAUCUUCUUUGCUUUACACCUUUCAUGUAUAUCAAUGUUCCGUGCUAUAGCUGCCGUCUUUCGAGAUUUUGUUAUUGCCACAACCAUGGGAACCAUCAUUAUAGUGAUUAUCACAGUAUUUGGAGGGUUUAUUGUUCGGAAACCUUCAAUGCCUGCUUGGAUUGAGUGGGGGUUCUGGCUUUCUCCAUUGUCCUACGCUGAGAUUGGUCUAACCGCUAAUGAAUUUUUCGCUCCACGGUGGAGCAAGACAACAUCUGAAAACAUAACUUUGGGGGAACAAGUUCUAGAUGCUCGCGGGUUGAACUUUGGUAUUCAGUCUUACUGGAAUGCAUUUGGUGCUUUAAUUGGCUUCACACUCUUCUUCAAUACUGUUUUUUCACUGGCCUUAACCUUUCUAAAGAUUUCGCAGAGGUCUCGCGCUAUAGUUUCUCGUGAGAAGAAAACUCAAAGCUCAUACAAAGAUUAUGAAACAAGUUCUGAAACUGCUUCCCAAUAUAAAAAUGCAUUGCCUUUCAAACCCCUAACUUUCACAUUUCAAGACGUACAAUAUUUUAUUGAGACUCCUCAGGGAAAGAAGCUGCAGCUUCUCUCUGACGUUUCAGGAGCAUUCAAGCCAGGUGUUCUCACUGCUCUAAUGGGUGUGAGUGGGGCUGGUAAAACGACUCUUCUUGAUGUUCUCUCGGGUAGGAAAACACGCGGUGAUAUUAAAGGAAAGAUAGAAGUAGGCGGUUACCUUAAGGUUCAAGAAACCUUUGCACGAGUUUCAGGUUAUUGUGAACAAUUUGACAUUCAUUCUCCCAAUUUAACUGUACAAGAGUCUCUGCAAUACUCUGCUUGGCUUCGACUUCCUUCUAACAUCAAUUCAGAAACGAAGAGCGCAAUAGUUAAUGAAGUUCUUGAGACGAUAGAGCUAAAGGAGAUUAAAGAUUCCAUAGUAGGAAUGGCUGGAAUUAGCGGUUUAACAACAGAACAACGCAAAAGACUAACAAUAGCUGUUGAGCUUGUUUCAAAUCCUUCAAUCAUAUUUAUGGAUGAACCAACAACAGGAUUAGAUGCAAGAGCUGCUGCAAUUGUAAUGAGAGCUGUUAAGAACAUCGCUGAGACUGGCAGAACUGUUGUUUGCACAAUUCACCAGCCGAGUAUAGAUAUCUUUGAAGCAUUUGAUGAGCUGAUUCUGAUGAAAAAUGGAGGAAAGGUUUUCUAUUAUGGACCUCUUGGGAAACAUUCAUGCAAAGUUAUUGAAUACUUUAUGAGCAUUCCUGGAGUUCCGAAAAUGAAAGAGAACUCUAAUCCAGCCACUUGGAUACUAGACCUUACUUCUAAAUCAUCAGAAGACAAACUUGGUGUUGAUUUGGCACAGAUGUACAAGGAAUCAACUCUGUUUAAGGAGAACAAAAUGGUAAUUGAGCGAAUGAGAUGUACAUCUUUAGGAUCUGAAGGUUUGAUCUUGUCUUCACGAUAUGCUCAAACGGGUUGGGAACAAAUCAAAGCAUGUCUAUGGAAACAACAUAUCUCUUAUUGGAGAAACCCUUCCUACAAUCUCACUCGCAUCAUUUUCAUGUGUUUUACUUCUUUGCUCUGUGGCAUUCUUUUCUGGCAAAAAGCCAAGGAAAUAAACAAUCAGCAAGAUCUAUUCAACAUAUUUGGCUCAAUGUUCACGGCUGUUCUAUACUCUGGAAUAAACAACUGCUCAACAGUAUUGUUUUGCGUUGCAACCGAACGUAAUGUCUUCUACCGCGAAAGAUUUGCCCGUAUGUACAACUCAUGGGCGUAUUCCCUUGCUCAGGUGUUGGUUGAGAUUCCAUACUCAUUGUUCCAGUCUAUUGUAUAUGUGAUAAUCGUAUAUCCUAUGGUUGGCUACCACUGGUCGGUCUUCAAAGUGUUUUGGAGCUUCUACUCAAUCUUCUGCUCCUUGCUCAUCUUCAACUAUUUCGGCAUGCUUUUAGUCGUCGUGACCCCAAACGUUUACGUUGCUUUUACUCUCCGCUCUUCUUUUUACUCAAUUGUCAAUCUCUUUGCUGGUUAUGUCAUGCCAAAACCAAACAUUCCAAGAUGGUGGAUUUGGAUGUAUUACUUGAGUCCUACGUCAUGGGUUUUGAACGGAUUGCUCACAUCGCAGUAUGGAGAUAUGGAGAAAGAGAUAUUCGCUUUUGGAGAGAGGAAGAAGGUUUCAGCUUUCUUGGAAGGUUAUUUUGGUUACAAAUAUGACUCUUUGGCUCUUGUAGCUGUCGUUCUUAUGGCCUUCCCCAUUCUCUUGGCAUCUCUUUUCGCAUUCUUCAUUGGUAAACUCAAUUUCCAAAAGAAGUGA